AUGUCGGAGAAGGAGCCGAGCUCCAGCAGCCCCAGUACGUCCCCGACGCCACUCAGUGAACGUAGCCGCCUAGAGGCAGCGAUCCUGAGCGGCUGGAGGAGCUUCUGGCAGUCAGUGGGCAAGGAGAGGCCGGGGCCCUGCGCCAGGCCGGUGGACGAGGAGGAGGCCAGCGCCCUGACCAGCCUGCCGAUUUAUGUGCAAUUGUACAUUAUGUCAUUUCUUUCACCUCAUGAUUUAUUCCAACUGGGAAGUACAAGUCGAUAUUGGAAUGUAACUGUACGAGAUCCUAUGCUGUGGAAAUUUUUUCUUUUGCGGGAUCUUCCCUCUUGGACAUCCGUUGACUGGAAGUCUCUACCAGAUCUACAAAUCUUAAAAAAACCCUUAUCUGAGGUUAUUGACAAUGAACUUUAUGACUACAUGACAAUGUAUAAAAUGAGCUGCCCACAUACCAGAAGACACUUGAAAUCCAGUCGCCACAUGUAUGGAGCUGUUGCCUCUUUUUUGCAGUCACUGAUCCUUCAGACAGAACCCCGAUUUGCUAUGUUUGGACCAGGUUUGGAAGAGCUGAAUAUAUCUUUGGUAUUGAGCCUGAUGUCUUGCACGGAACUUUCCCCAACGGCUGGUUUACCUCAGAGGCAGAUUGAUGGCAUUGGAUCAGGAAUCAGCUUUCAGUUAAGCAACCAACAUAAAUUCAAUAUCCUGGUGUUAUAUUCAACCACUAGGGAGGAAAGGGAUAGAGCAAGAGAAGAGCAAACGAGUGCAGUCAGCAAAAUAUUCAACCGGCAGACUCCAGGGAAUGAUGAACAGAGGGGCCAAUACAGUGUGAUUCCACAAAUUCAGAAGGUGUGUGAAGUGGUGGAUGGGUUCAUCUAUGUGGCAAAUGGUGAAGCUCACAAAAAUCAUGAAUGGCAAGAUGAAUUUUCUCGCAUUAUGGCAAUGACAGAUCCAGCCUUUGGAUCCUCAGAAAGACCUUUGCUAGUUUUAUCUUGUAUUUCCCAAGCUGUUGUAAAAAGGAUGCCCUGUUUUUAUUUGGCACAUGAACUAAAACUAAAGGAACUUCAGCUACCAUGGAUGGUGCAGGAUGUGGAUGCUGAAACAUUGACAGGAUUUUUGAAUGGCAUUGAGUGGCUCCUUGGAGAAGCUGACUAUAAACAUCCACGAUGAACCUUCUCAUGUGCCCUGAUUUAAAGACCAAGCCAUUUGAACUUUGGUUUUAAGGACAUGAUAUGGGUGUGCGCUCAGGCUUGCUUUGCCCUUCCUUGGUUUUUUGCCAGGUGAGAUUUAAAUGGGCAUAGCUAUAACUGCUGAAUUUUCCACAGUAAAUCUAGCUUUAAUCUUCAGUGAAUUUCAAAGGAAAUAUUUAUGUGAUGACCUCUGACCCUCCAAUGAAUCUUUUUGAUAAUUUUUUAUUUUAAAUUGCUUUAUUUUACUGUCUAUAAAUUCAGAAUUAUUUAAUACAUUUGUAAGGGUCUUUGUUCUCAACUUUGGACUUCUAUCUUCUGCUCUAUUGCUUGAAAGAUUGUAAUUUUAGAAAGUAUCCAUUUUUCCAAUGUUCUAGGGGCUUUCUGGAAGAUCCAUAAAUCACUAUCAGGGAAGAGAUACCUAAUCUCUAUCUACUGCUUGGAAAUAAUUGGUUGCUAUAGUUAUGGUGGUUGCACUUACGCUAUACUCAGAUCCAUGUACUUGUUGAACAUUAGUGAAAAUAACUUUUCUUGGCACAUUUCCUGAUUUUUUAUUAAGUUGGAAAGCUUGUGAUGUAUCAAACAGAUAUUCUAGAUGCUAAAUAUGGAAAAUAUAUUCUGGACACGUGCACUGGUAUUAUCAAACUUUUUAAAUACAUUGUUAAUACUCAGUGGUAGAAAUUUUAAUAUGAGACAUGAGAAAUGUAAACAUUUUAAUAAAAGUAUAAAUAUAUGCA